AUGACUUGGCACGUCGCAGCAGCUUUCGUGCUGCCGAUUGGCACGCUGGCAUUGGUGCUUCCGCCGUUGUUACAGCUAGAAGCGUCCGGGGAUCACUAUGCCAGUGGUGGAGGGUGGCCGCCGUUUGAAUGGCUCGCCGAGCUGUUUCUUGGCUCGAAACCAUGCAAGCUCACAAGGCUGCUUGACUACCUUGUGUCGUUGGAGCAGCGACGGACGAUUCUGUACUACGACGAUGCGUUUCCGGGCUUGUUCGCGGCGCUCGGCCUUUCGUUAGUGGGAUACUGGGCGGCUAGCGUAGCCAUUGCGAGGACCAAGGACGUGUUUUUCGCUCGCGGCUUCAAGGGUCGAGAUCUGCUCAAGCACAAGCUCGAGCCAAUUCCAGAGAGUCUCGGACUUCCAACCGCGGCGGUGUACAUGGGCGUCUUGUUCGUGUUCAUCCCGUUCAGGUACUUUUCAUCUCGACCGCAGCGCGUGUACAAGACGGCCGACGAUUGGCAAGGUCGCAUGGAUGGCAGGCUUGGAUUUCCGCAUCACGAGCUGGCGACGUUUCUGUCGGCUUUGCUCUCGUUCUUAUCGGCAAUCGUGUUGGGAUUCUUGGACGACGUGUUCGACAUUCGCUGGAGGUACAAGCUUCCGAUCCCGAUUAUUUCGAGCAUCCCGCUGCUGACCGUCUACUACGCAGGUGGAGGAGCAACGUCGGUGGUGGUGCCUGGAUGGCCUGGUGUGCUGAGGCGAUGGAUGGGUUCGUCGAUUCUGGAACUUGGUCCGCUGUACUACCUGUACAUGUCGCUACUCUCGACGUUCUGCACCAAUAGCAUCAACAUCAUUGCCGGCAUCAACGGUGUCGAGGUGGGGCAGGCGAUCGUGAUCUCGAUCUCGCUGUGCAUCAAUAGCUUGCUCUACCUCGACUCUCGUGCUGGCAUGCAAGGAUCUCGAUCGAGCACCGAGUUGCUUCGACGUCACCUGUUCAGUCUCUACCUUUUGCUGCCGUUGACCGCCGUGUGCAUGGCGCUGUUCUCGUGGAACAGGUAUCCGGCGCGUGUGUUUGUGGGUGAUACCUUUUGCUAUUUUGCCGGCAUGGUGUUUUCCACUGUCGGCAUCUUGGGACAUUUCAGCAAGACUGUGUUGCUAUUUUUCGUUCCGCAGAUCUUCAACUUUGUGCUCAGCUGUCCGCAGCUGUUUGGACUGGUCCCGAAUCCUCGGCAUCGCGUUCCGAGGUAUCACGCCGAGACCAACAGUCUAUAUCCUUCGAUCCAAUACUUUGGCUCUGGCGAUGUCGACAAGGACAAGCAGCUGACCAAUACGUCGAUGCAACCUUUACAUCCCGCCAGUACCGUCUCGACGUUGGUGCUCAAGUCGCUCUCUGCGCUCCACCUGGUCCAACUCGAGUUCUACGAUGCGCAACAACGUCGAAUCAAGAGCACUACGAAUCUCACCAUCCUCAACGCCAUCCUCGUCUUGCGACGUGUCCGACAUCGAUCCCAUCCAACCCACGACAACCAAAUCCCUUUCACUGGUCCACACAUCUCUGAAUACAGCCUGUGGCUCCACACCAUGCUACUCCAAGUCGCCGGUUCAUGCCUUGCCUUUGCCAUCCGUUAUUGGCUCGCCUCCAUCGUGUUUCCAUAG